UCCUAGGAAUAUUCUUCAAUCGUCGUUCCCAUUUCUAACCAAUUAUUACGAGUUCUCGUCUUUCGUUUUCUUCUGGAAAAGUCAGGCGUGUACUUAACUAUCAUUUUUUGUCACAGUAUUUUACUACUAUAGUAAUUGAAGAAAAAUGUUUGGAUCAGGGGCUGCUCCGAUCGUAGUAUUGAGUCAAAAUACGAAAAGGGAUACCGGUCGAAAAGUUCAGAGAGAAAAUAUACAAGCUGGAAAGGCCAUUGCAGAUGUUAUUCGAACAUGUUUGGGACCACAAGCAAUGUUAAAAAUGUUGAUGGAUCCAAUGGGAGGUAUAGUUAUGACCAAUGAUGGAAAUGCUAUAUUACGAGAAAUAACGGUACAACAUCCGGCUGGAAAAUCUAUGAUAGAAAUAGCUAGAACUCAAGAUGAAGAAGUUGGGGAUGGCACUACGUCGGUUAUUGUAUUGGCAGGAGAAAUUUUAGCUACUGCUGAACCUUUUCUUGAGCAAAAUAUGCAUCCUACAAUUAUAAUAAGAGCAUUUCGCCAAGCUUUGGAAGAUAUGGUGGCCAUUCUCAAUGAACAAGUCAGCAUAGAUCUGGAUUGCAACAAUAGAAGCAAAUUGAUUCAGGUCAUUAAUUCCUGUGUGGGUACCAAAUUUAUUGGACGUUGGUGUGAAUUAGCAUGUCAAAUUGCUUUAGAUGCAGUUUAUACUGUAAUGCUUGAAGAGAAUGGUAGAAAAGAAAUAGAUAUAAAGCGUUAUGCAAAGGUGGAAAAAAUUCCUGGUGGCACUAUUGAGGAUAGCACUGUUCUUAAGGGAGUAAUGUUCAAUAAGGAUGUUACUCAUCCAAAAAUGAAAAGAUAUAUUAAGAAUCCAAGAAUAGUUCUAUUGGAUUGUUCCUUAGAAUACAAAAAAGGAGAAUCUCAAACUAAUAUAGAAAUAAUGAAAGAUACAGAUUUUACCAGGAUUUUAGAAUUGGAAGAGGAGUUUGUUAAAAAAAUGUGUGAAGAUAUUAUAUCUGUAAAACCAGAUGUAAUAAUCACUGAAAAAGGAGUAUCAGAUUUAGCACAACAUUAUCUUGUCAAAGCUGGAAUUUCUGCUAUCCGUAGAUUGAGGAAAAGUGAUAUUAACAGAAUUGCAAGAGCUUGUGGUGCUACUGUUGUUAAUCGUACAGAAGAACUACGAGAGGAAGAUGUUGGUACUAGAGCUGGUCUUUUUGAAAUUAAAAAACUUGGGGAUGAAUACUUUUGCUUUAUUACGGAAUGUAAAGAUCCUAAAGCAUGCACUAUAAUUUUGAGAGGUGCCAGUAAAGAUGUGUUAAAUGAAACUGAAAGAAACUUACAAGAUGCUCUUCAUGUUGCAAGAAAUCUUCUUAUUGAACCUAAAUUAGUACCAGGUGGAGGAGCUGUGGAAAUGGCAGUAUCAAGGCUUCUAACAGAAAAAGCAGCAAGACUUGCAGGUGUAGAGCAAUGGCCUUACAAAGCAGUGGCACAAGCAUUAGAAAUAAUUCCAAGAACGCUUGCACAAAAUUGUGGAGCAAAUACAAUCAGAACCUUAACUGCAUUACGGGCAAAACAUGCCACUGAAGGAAUGACAUGGGGUAUUGAUGGAGAAACUGGUCAAUUGGUAGAUAUGAAAGAACGUGGAAUUUGGGAGCCUCUAUCUGUGAAACUUCAAACAUAUAAAACAGCUAUUGAAACUGCUAUUUUGCUGUUAAGAAUUGAUGAUAUUGUAUCAGGAAGCAAGAAGAAGAAAUCAGAUAACGAGCCUGGUCAACCUGCACAAGUUUCAGAAGAAUCUAUGAAAGAUUAAAAACACUGAAUUUAUAUUGCACUUGCAAAGCUUUUAUUUGUUAACAUUUCAUAAUUCAUACUCAUGAUAAUUUUAUUAAAACUUAAUUCAUGUUUAUGAGAAGCAUUAUUUGCCUGUCUGUAUGCAUUUUCAUAAUAAUAAAAAUACCUUGAGGUAUUAAAAAUUGAUGCAAA